AUGGGAGCGGGUGAUGAAAGACCAUUUAAAGACGCCGCAUGUGAGUACGUGGAGAUGCACUGCCCCGAAGCCUGCACUAGAGCAUAUUCCUUGCCUGAAGGGUACAUCUUGAGUAAAAAUAAAAUAAAUAUCCUGACCGGAAAAGCCCGAAGUGAUGAAGAAGUGGAUAUUCCCCCGGAGGAUCUAGCAGUUGCAGAAGUGUUCGACAAACUCAAAGAUGCAUUGAAAGAUGUGCCAUCCCUCACGGUCGCUAAUUACGCCUUCACAGACACCUUACUCAAGGGCAUCAAUCAACAAAAGAAAGAGAAGUUCAUGAAGCGAUUUGGAGUUACCAAGGAGGAUUUGGCAUCUGGUGACCACGAUGUAUUUGGCGUUGGUAUAUCUGGCGAGAACAUCUUGGGACUUUUCUUUCAAAUCAAGGCAACGGCGGGGAUAAAUCCGAAUAGUAUUAUCGAUAUGCACAUAAAAGCGACAAAUCAACUCCAGAAAGACUUCAACAUUUUCCAGACGACGUGUGGGACGUUUCUGAAUUCCAGUGUGAAGUUAGCCGGCUUCACGGCUUUUCCUAUGCUUUCGAGGCUUCAUUUGGAGAAAGUGAUCCAGUGCCAAGAUUGUAGGCAACGAAUUCUCACCUCAGAAGAUCUGAAAAGCCCAGAAAGUUUCCGGCAGUUUUUGAAUGGACAGGGAAUCGUGGUAGAGAAGUUUUUGGAUGGGAAUCAUGAGUCUGAAGUUACGGAUACCUUCCAGGAAAUUUUUACCUUAUACAUUUGUGCUGCAUCGGCUGUGGAUCUGCCGCGUAACGUUACCGAGUUAAUUGACAAAAGUGAGAAACAAAUGAAGCCCAUGCUGGUGAUCCUCACUCCUCAGCAGAAGGAACUAGUGCAGAGGGAAUCAAAGGUCACCUUCAUAUGCGGUGGGAGUGGGACUGGAAAAACAUUUGUUCUCAAGAAAAAAGCGUUGAUGUUGGCGAAGAAGGGCGAAGUCUUACUGAUCAAUGUCGCCGGGGGACUUCUCACUGAAGAAUUCCAUGUCAACUUCGAGGGAAACAGGAGAAUCCAAGUAAUUGAUGGGAGGGAGAAGGGGUUCGAGGAUGACUUGGAAAAGUUCAAGAGAUUCCUGGAGGAGAUGGGGAAGGAAAAACAUCUCCUCAUCGACGAAGUCCCCCUCACACUCGGAUUCAAAAGCAUCAUCAGCGCGGAAAAUCUCUCCGAUCACUGGAAGUGGGUCCCAGAGUCCUUGAGGAACCUUGUCCUGUCUGUCGCUAUCUCAUUCAGACCCAAUGAUCAGUCCUACACAAGAUUCAUCCGCCUCCAGGAUGUCAAACCGGGAGGUUGCCAGAUACAUAUACUGGACAAAGUGAAGAGGAAUGGGAGGAGAAUAUCUGAGCUGUUUUUAGCGAUUGGGGGUUACUCCCGCCCUACCUUCGUAUCGCGAGAGAGGACCCUUCGAAUCAAUACGGGAAUGUCGGGGAGAGGAUUUCUCCCUAACCUUUUUCCACUUCCAUCGUGCUUAUCACUUCAUCCUGGAAAAUGCAAGGACGAAAUGGUUUGCUGCGCCGUCAGGGUCUCUUAUGCCCUUCGCUCAAUGCAUGAAGAAUGCUUCAUGUCAUCGAAGGCGAUGCCUCUCUUUGUCGUAGUUGAUGAUGAGAUGAAGAAAGUAGCGCUUGUGAACAUCCUCACCUUAUUCCAUCAAUCUCUUCCUGUCCUUUUCCUUGAUAACAAUGGAGACUUGCGAGGCAGGCCCGUCACUGACACCUCGACCCCCCUCUUCAUCGUGACCGAAGAUGAAAUGAUGGGAUGCCAUCUGAUGAACGUCAUAAUAGUCGUGGAUGUUUUCUCUUCGCGAUGGAAGAACUACAAUCGAGUGGUAGCAACUUCUGGUGAUAACAAGAUCCUCAUGAUCGAUGAAGAAGAUUUAACAACAGGAAAAUUCUCUCAUCUUUUAAACGAAAUCAGCGGAUUUAACAUCAUGGGGUUUGACAUGAUUGAAACAGACAGUCGAAAAAAGUUGAAAAUUUUAUCACGAAUGGCGUGGGAAGUGUUUGAGGAAAAGGGGAAAAUUAACCAUCUGGAUAAGUCAGCAUUCCCCACUGCACCUCUACCUGAAAUGGAUAUUGAUUGGGAUGGGAGGGAAGGAGAAGAGGAGGAAGAUGUGGCCAACAUGCUUGCCUCCUGCAUAUGCGGAAUAUUUGGUAACCCGACAUCUGGAAAAUCCAGGAGGGUAGCCAUGUUGAUUGAACGAGUGAUGGAACAGGGAGGUGAAGUUAUUCUUCUCCACUCUGGUGGCGUUUUGUCUUGGAAACUUUACCGAGAGCGCUGGCAGGAUCACGUUAACGUGAAUGUUCUUCAUUUAGAUACUAGUCAAGUCAAAUCUCUUCAGGGCAUCAUCGACCAUCCGGAAGUGAAAGAAACUCGAAGGAAGACGGAGGAGAAGGAAGGGAUGAUUCCUUUGUUUGUUGUCGUAGAAGAUUCUCCUUUGUGGCGAGAGACGAAUGAAGAAGUCAGGAAAAUCUCGGAGAGGUUGCAGGCGUUAAAGAUGAAGCUUAUUCUCGCAUUCAAACCCCAUGCAAAGGAUACAGACAUCUCAGUGGAAAGUAUGAUGAAUGCGAUACAGAUGAAUCGUGACUGCCAUGUCAUGGUGCUUCGGUCGCAAGCGACCAAUAUGCACCUCCUUACCCUCAUACAAGAAAAUGAGUCUCCCACCGUUUUGAACUUGGAAGCGAAGAGUCUAUUGACAUCUGCGCUUCCCGGAGCACCUGUUCUUGGUCUACCGGUCCAGUACAUCUGUUACUGCUGCUCCGGUCGACACCUGGGGUAUGCAUGCGAGGGAAUCAGCUCGUGUGAAUUCAUAAAGGACACGAUCCCUGGACUAUCUUUUCUGAUCCAAUCAUCCUUAGGAAAAAUAGGAGAUAGUAAAACAACACAUAUCCUCACAUCAGAUGAAAAGCUAAGAAAGGCUCUGAAGGAUUAUUGGGAUUCAAAUAACUAUCCCAAAUAUCUGUCUGAAAUACGGAUAACGCAUUCGGCAGAUUUCCGAGGUUGUGAGGCUUCCGUUAUCGUCUCCGUUAAUGUGAGAGACGAGUGGAUCCUUGAAGUGCUGUCCCGUCCCAGAACUCAGCUCAUCAUCAUCGACAACAUCGAGGAACAUUUGGGACUGUGGACGAAAAUGCGAGAAGAAGGUCGCAUCCAAGUUAAGAAUCACGUUUUUGAUGGUGUUGGCAUCAGGAAAAUUCUACUUCAACUUGAUGAAACUGAAGGUUUCCUGAAAGAACCGACCUGGGAUGAUGUUGGGUUGAGGCUUGGAGAGGAGGUUUUGGGAAAGGAUGACUUUCUGGACGAGAAUACGGGUGCCAUUCGAUCCCUCUGUUCCAACACGUGGGAAGACCUCAACAAGGUCUUCCCUUUACCUUCUGAUUCUUCUCCUUUGACUGAUUGGGGUUUCCUAUGGUAUGGAGAAUAUGAAGGAGGAGUAUCCCGGAUUCGUGGAGAUGAGAGGAGGAAAAUCAUUGAGAUCCUGAAGCAGAAGGGAGUGAAGUGGGAGGAUGAGGACUAUCCCCCAGUGGUCCUGCGUACAGAGAGGAACGGAGGAGGAACUUUGGUGUCGCUGUCCCUCUCUCUCACAGGAUCCCUCUUUCACUUUCCUCUCUUAAAGGCCAACGUUGCCGCAGAUGAGACAGUGGUGCAUCUGCAUCACGUGAACGGGCGUGUGGAGGAAAAUCUGGAGGAAAAAUAA